AUGGAACAAGCAAGAAAGGAAAUCGAAAGGUAUAAACGUCUAACACAGUACCUUGUCAAACAAGAAUCGACGCAACAUGACAAAAUUAAAAUGGAAAAUUUCCGUUGGCCUUCUAAAAAGAGAAACGUAACUGAAAGCACGCUUUUCAAAGGAUCACCUUCGAAUUUUCUUCAUAGCAGCAAACCAAAAUACGAAGACGUACUAACAAUAGUAGAUCACAAUGCUUUUUCCAAAAAGUCAAACAUGGGUCUGAUGAUAGGAAAAGGACGCUUUCAACCAGAAAUCUCAUAUUUUCUUGCUCCAUCAGUGAACACCAAUGACUACGACGAUUUGUUCUCGCAGGAAAUUGAAGCAUUAGUUGAGAAAAUCGAUGCGAAUAACGUGAAAAAGUUGCAUGAAACUACGGGAUACGAUUUUUUCGAGGAGGAUGAUUGGAUGAAAGGAAUGGCGUAUCAUUAUGUUCAGAUAUCGACUGAAGAUAUGCUGCGGAGAUUAUUGGAUGCUUUAGGAUUCAUCUAUAAAACAAAACGUGAAUCAGUAAGUCAUGUAGAACCAAUCACUUGGGAUACGGUAAUAGGUGCUGCGCAAAUGUCUGAGUUACCUUCAAGUGUGUUAGAGAUUGCGAUAAAUCGACUUUCUGAAGUAUAUCCUACUAAGACGAAUAACUCUGAGAAAAUUUCAAUAAUCAAAGCAUACCAUAAUAAAGUCAAUGAAUUGGAUUAUAUUACGCAAAUAGAACAUCGAGGUCAAAAACAAGAUAAAGGAAAAACAUCUAAAAAAGCGGCAGCGAGUAACAGUAAUAAUGAGAAUCAAGAAAACAACACUGAUAAAGGACUAGAAUCUCUUCAGGAAGAUGAUAUCACAGAGUGA